AUGACCAAGCUCAGCGAGGUAGAAGAGCUGCUGCGAAAAUAUCCACUUUACAACUCACAUGGACAGGAGUUCCCGCGAAACGUCUUGAGAAGGGUGCCUGUGCCACACAUAAAGCUGCAACCUUUGCAACCUAGCGCAGAGAUGUUUGCACCGUGGUACCGAGAGUGUGACGAGCUAGUAAAAUGCUGCGAAGUGCACGAUAAAGCGGGAGAAUUGUUCGAUCAGUGGUACUCGCAACGGUACAUGAGCAACAAGCCUCCGGGUAUGGUAGGCAACGUAAUCCUGUCCCCUUCGCGGAGGGACUAG